ACCUCCUUGCGUCGUUCUCCUUCAAUGUCUCGUCUUGCUUAAUUCCUUGCCGGAAGAUCAAGAUGAACCGCGGGAUGGCGGAUGGCGGCAACAGGCGCCAGCCGCACCUGAUGGUGCAAGAUGCGCUUGUCAACCACUUGGCCAUGCCUGUUCGACUGCCUCAGCAGCAAGAUGCAAGCAUUGCCAAUGUCGAGGCCGCGCUCCUCGAGCGGGUCAUCCUAGCCACCAAGACGAUGCGUCAGGGCAGCCACCAUCUAUUGUGGGAGUCGAUUGACCGCUCCUUGAAGGCAUCAGCCAACGUUGCGUCUUGUGGCAGACUGGAUAGAUCUGCCUUGAUCAACGAGCUACGCCAUGUAACCUCGGUGGCAUCGUCGGACUUUCUGAUCAUCUACGUUCGUGGUCAAAACGCCGCCAUCUUCAUUUACCGUGGCGACCGCAAAGAUGUCGUCUUUGAGAUCUUCGAGGCAUCCCCCAAGUCCGAGAGCGUCCUGGCGGCUGAAGAUGUUCUCACCUGGGACUUCCCAGGAGGGGCCAUCUCGGUGCCCCACACGCGGUUCACUGAUAAGGACUUCCUCAACCAUCUCGUCGAGUUUCUCGAUACAGCCUCGCACGCCGAGCCUACCAAGGCGUUUGCCGCGUCGGCUGUCAAGGCGGGAUCGUCUCAUGUCGAGAUCCGUGACACUCCGGACCCUUCACUGAUCUCUUCUAUGCUGGCUGCCCUUCUUGAGGCAAACGGUAGGCGGAUCGCGCCUCCAGUCCUUCGAAAGCGGGUUCGCGACGAUGUUUGCUUUACCAGCGGAAUGCCUUGGCGACGCCUCCCCCUUUGGCUGAUCUUGAGGGUCUGCGUCCGGCGUUUUCUGGGUAUUGGCCUCGGCGAGAGAAUUGGUAGGAUCGAGUACAAAUUCUUCAUUGCGCUUGUCCUGUCAAACCUGCUCCAGGAGGUACUGGACACAUCAUCACCUGAUCGAAUCUCGCAUCUCAAGGCAAAGCUGUCGAUGCGACUGGUCAAGCUGGACACAGACCACCACAACGCCCAAGGCGACACUGACCGAGCACGUUUCGAGCAACUAUUCCGUGAUCUAGAGCCACUUUUUACACGAUCAGUUCAGCUCGCGUCCAACCACCUGACAAGUUCUUGGUCCGGGUUCGUAAUGGACACGACGAGAGCUGUGCCUGAACUCCCACGGCGUGCGACCGAGGAUGAUACGAAGAUGAAUCUUCUCCACAGCGGCGUCUAUCUCCAUGGCGCCAUGGAUCGCUGGAGGCAAGCAUGCCGUGACCCGCGUAGAGCGUCCGCCCGACCGCAUGACGAUUCCACACAAAAUCUCAGCGACUUGCCUCUCCCAUACUUCAAACUCUCUUCCCUGGAGUGCCAGGCAGAAAAGCUGUGUGAUCAAACGCCGGAUUUCGCAAAUGUUGAGAUGGUCGGUGAUCGCUGCCGAGCUCUGUCUAAAUUGAUACUUGACUACCUGUCCAAACUGGGAAGCCACUACGACGGCUAUAUCGAGCAGAAGAGCAUCGCUAUUCUGACUGUGAUGGAGCUGUGGAUUCAACUCGACUACGCUGCAUGCGUUCGAUUUCCCUUGCUGUCCAGCUUCCACCCUCUUUUUGUUCCUUCGUCGCUUGACGUUCUGUAUCUGCCCAAGUAUAUCGACAUGCAGAGGCUCCAAGGCAUCCAGGGCUAUCUCAGGCAGCGCAUUGACUCAUGCGCCGAGAGCCAGUUCACGAUUUUCGAGGACCCUCAGCCUGGGUGCUUCGCACACGAAUAUUUCGACGCGGCCCCGGAUUCCGCUCGAUUACAGGAGAUUCGGGAGGACAUCGUACGCCAUGCAGAGAGGGAUCGAAAGGAAAAGGAGCAGGAGUGGGAGCGCAAAAGCCGCGCCUUCGAGCGAAUGUCGAAAGAGGUACAGGUCGGGACCUGCCUUUUCACUGAUGGGGAUCGGCUGGAUGCUUUCGGCCACCAGAUUCCGCCCAGGCACCAUCCCAACUGCCCUCGGUGCCAUACCAGGGCAACCAUGGAUCGCAUGCGCAUAGACAUCGUCGAGGACCCUCUACCGGAGGACGAAACAAUGCAGAAAAUCGUCGUCUUCGAGCUUGGAGUCUUUGACGGAGCAGCAAUCUUCACCACGUACCGGGACACCACUUGGGCCAUUGUCUCGCAACUCGCUUCGAUGUCCAAAGAUCAGGGUGUCCCUCCUCGAUGCACCAUCCGUUCCUACACUAGACUCGGGAAGUUUAACUCGCAGUCUCAGAGCGAUGUUGUCCUUGCAUCGACGACGAAAUCAUUUCUCGCCACGCACUAUCGGACAGUCCCACUUCCUGUCGCUCUAGAGGAUCUCCUGAAGCCAAACGGUCUUCGGUACACGUACUAUGAUCAGCUAUCCAAGUUGUACCCUAGUCGCAGCUCCGUCAUCGUUCGCCACCCGUCUUUUGCACAUCACUGCCGACUUCCAUUGGCCAAUACGCCCUUUUCGGCCAUUUCUCAAGCUUUCCCUGCGGAUAAGCCUGGCCCAUCGUCGUACGAAGUCGUCGCGUCCCAAGCCAGCUGCCCCCAGGGCCUCAACAUGCACGAGUUCCUUGCUUUUCAGACACUCCUCUCUGGUAAUGCUCGGCGCUGGAUCUCUUUGCUAGCCGAACUUGGUUCUUCAAACCUGAAUUUUUCUAGCGAGGCUACCCUAGUCCUUGUCCGCUUCGUUGCACUCCAAGCCGGCCCGCUAGGGGAUACAGAUGAUACCCUGAGAGUUGCCCACGGGAUAUUGCGCGAAGAAUCGUUCGGCUGCAAGCUACUCGAGCAGCUAUCCCAUCGACUGACGUCAAUCUCGACGAACUGGCGAGAGGUGUUCGUGAUGGAUACCAUCAUCACGCUGGCCUUGCGGCUUUACGAACUUACCGAGGAAUGCUCCCACGCAGUGCACUUCAAGGCCUUGCACCUCCUAGGAUCUGCCAGGCAGACUGCGCUUGGUUGGAUGACCCUCCUACGCGAGGAGACGCGGAACGAGAAGGACGCCGACAUAGCUCGCCGGGUGCAGCAAUAUGCUGUGUGGGCAGCGCUGCUGUGCCGGAGAACCUUUGCCAUCCACGCCGAUCAGCUCACGACCCUGGAUACAGAGUCUCUCGGGAUGUUUGUGGAAUGUAGCAUCACCCUACAGAACAAUCUUCCCAGCAACAUCAAUUCUUUUCCCUCCCUUCUGAAGGAGGCUGUCAUCACCAACUUCAAGCUGGGGCACCGACUCCAGCCACUGGUCCUGCGAUCGAUCGAAACUGAGCCAGUUGCUUUUGUUUCCGUCCUAUCACCGUUUUGGCCGCCAGCUAAAGAUGCACAGCCUAUCGGGCUGACGAACCAGGCCAACCAACCUGGUUGGGUUUCGUUCAAUGUGACCAUUACGGCUUCGGAGGAUACGAGAAUGCGGAUGCAAACAAUCAGCUACCACAUCACCCAGGGCCUACUGCUCGUGGACAGUGUCCCUGUUGGCAAGCUGCCCUCGAGCCACCAGAAGGAUCCGCAAUUAACUGCCCUGCUGGGAAAUCAGUCAUUCCUAACGUACCCAAGCUUCUUGCCAGACAUGACAUACCUGCUUUCCAUCAGGCCGGAGGAUCACGAGAUUCACGUUGGGUUUCUCAACGGUGCCUUGGUGGUGCGGGCUCGCAAGAACGGUAAGAUUCUCGAGCUAAUCGACAAGAAUAUUUUCGGAACAACAAGCUCUUUCGAUCUCCCGGGACCUCUCCUUGCAGGCUGUUUCCAUUGGCUCGAUCUAGCAACUGGCGAAUUGGAAGUGCGUCCAGCAUCUCUGCGUUGGCACUCUCGGUCGAGCAAUUGGCACCUUGAGCUCAAGUCCGGGCGAUGCUAUCGGACUCUUCCAAUGCCAAAUUUCUUGAGGCAGCAGACGAUGGCCAAGUUUGGUGCUUGCCCGCCCUUUCUCGAGCUGAGACUCGUCAGCCCACACGUGCCCUUGUUCCACCGAGUGGCUCGAAUCGUCGAGGGAGUCGAGGCGCGACGGCAAAUCAUCGUGUCGCAGCCAGCUCUGGCGAACCGCAGUCUAGAGGUGGACUUGCGAGGUAUUCAGCUGCGCCUCUACGUUACCAAAAAGCGCCUCUACUGCCGUCAGCUCGAUUCUGUCAUCGACCCUUGCCAGAGCAUCGGCACCUGGAAUGGCCUACGCAGCAUGCUUGUCUUCAAACAUAUCCAAAGCAACGUCAGGACUGUCCUCGUCCCUCUCGGGGACCUCAAGGUCGAGCGCACUGGCCCAUAUGUGCAGGUGCGGGUGGAUGCACCAGAUUCGGCUGUGGGCAAAUUCGUGGUCAACGAUAUGCUAGGAUGCAUGGAUUGUGCCCCUGAGCCGACUUUGAUCCUGAAGAAGGCUGAGCUGCAUGCGAUGACUUCUUUUGUUCUUCCCGACACUCUGACCGGCCGAACAGGGACCGAAGAGGCCCUUGCUAUCCUCACGUCCGGGGCCGCCCAGCCCUGGCAACCUCUCGGGGUACCGCAGUUGAGAAUUCUCAAGUCCCUCACCAGCUUGACGCCCAAGCGUGCCUACUAUCCCGAUGAGUCCAUCAAGACACUGAAGACGGAGCACUGGAACGUCGGUCUGACCCCAUCAAUCCAACAUGAGGAUUUGAUGGGGGUUGUCGACGGCAUAUUCGCUAGGUCGGAGCGCUUGAGGCAAUUCUUCAAUCCUCCGAUGCAUGCGUCUUCGGCACUACCCCCAGCUGGGCCUGUUUCCUCGGCUAGCCCUCCGGAUCCGUUGCUAGCAGUCCAAGAGGAGAUAAGGAACAUACAGACGGCGAACUCUUGGCAUCUAACCGCACGAGCCUCCCUCCGUCGCCGUCGCCAUCACAGACAGCUUCCAAUUCAUGCCUCAGAGAGGCCUCCUCGAGACAAGGAGUACAUUUCUAGAGAUCGUGCCACCGUUUCGAACAUGGCAUAUUCCAACGUCCUGGAAAUCGUGUCUCUUGUCCGAAUGUGGCCUCAGAAGAUGAAGACAGCACAAAAUCUUGUCCGAGUGCUGUCCGAGUCCUCGUCCAUCAAAGGCUUCGACACCCCUUUCGACAGUGUCCUCCUCACUGACCGGAUCGGGAUGGACGUCGCCCGUCACUGGGGGUCGCUCAUUGUGUCUGCAAAAUCGCAAGCUUCGAACAAAUCCGCCUUGAUGUUCCUAUUCGCCGGCGCUUCGUUCCGUUUCGAUGCAAAAAUGGAUCUCAUUCGCGCCAUCCUCGGAUUUGCCAUGUACGAGGAACUUCGAACCCUCCCGACUCCAGCGUAUUCCGAGUUUGAUUGGUUCCGAAUCGGCGAGAUCCCAACUCCCGCCUGGUUGUUGCCCAUGAUUCGGCCCUUUGCCAUCCCUCCCCCCAAGGACGACGCAGCGGAACAGCUGCAACAAUUCCUGAGCGCGAAGGACCGACGCAAGCUCAAAGAAGCUGACGCCAAGCAUAAGAAGCUGGCCCAAGAACAUUGCAUUCGAGUCACUGAAUAUCUGCUUGCUCAGUGGCCCUGUGCGACCCCGUCUAUCGUGGGCCUCAACGACUGUGUCCUGGUGGACAUUGACGGUGCCCUGAACGAGUUGCGCAAAGAAUGGGCUAGGUUGUUCCAAAACCUUGAGCUUUCCAACCACCUGGCCCUGGUAGAGAGCCUUCUUCGAAAGCGGCAGACAAGCGAGCGUUUUGUCCUGCCGACGCAACCCUUGCCUGGUCAGACCUGGGCUAUGCGGACUGCUUGUAAUGAGCUUCCAAGUCUCAAGGAAGACCUGAUGCGUCGUCCAUUCCGCACACCCAACAAAACCCAGCAACAUGCCAACUCUCCCACGAGCGUCAUCAUCCCCAGCGAGCGAUGGAAUCACGAGCGGAACCAAAAGUUUGGAUUCACGGCUCCCGCACACCACCACGGCGGGGAUCGUCCAUUCCCCAUGGAGCCCUCUGGCCCGCGUGGUUUUCGUGUCUUGGAUCAACACGUGGCUAGGCGCCGUGGCACCGCGGCCGGUUCAAAGACCAUCGACGAACUCGAGAUCAUCGUCCGCGACUCAAUGAGCUAUUGUUCCGGAUCUCUGGUUCGCGAGAAGUACGCGCAUGGGCUGUUGCAGAGCAUUGGCAGUCUGAAGAGGAGGGAUGCGCAUGAUUCAACUCCAAGUUUUCCCGAGAGUCCGCGCCACCGAGAUACUAAAGCACUCGUUAAUGACGUUCGGCAGUCAUUUGACGCAAUUUGCUCCUCAUUUUCGUCUCCUCAGAACUGGGCCAGCGAGAGACGGAUCAGGUGGCUGGAGCAUGGUCGCCUCUGGCCUGUAGUCACACCCGCCACCGUCCUCCAACAGAUUGGAUCCAUCAACAAGACCACGUUCGGCUCCGGUAUAAAGGAGGCCAUCAUUCGCUACGGCCUAGCAAUGACUUCGCUUCAGCGCCAGCAGCGCCUCAACGCCCUUGCCAAUCGGACCUGGGUGAAGGUGACACACCACCAGGACCUACGGUACAAGGAGGAGCAGGAAAACACGGGUCACACCAACUGGGAUCCUGCGGACUACCCCGACUGGCUGCUGCUAGAGAUCGAGUCUAACCUGCUCAUCCGACCUGACCAGAUCGACGUGGCUUCGGCGACCAUCAGUCCCCGAACAGGCACAAAUUCGGUACUGCAGCUGAACAUGGGCCGCGGCAAAACGAGCUGCAUCAUUCCCAUGGUUGCUGCCAUCCUCUCGAAUGAUUCCCUAACGAGGGUCAUCGUGCCCAAGGCGCUCCUGCAGCAAACAGCGCAGCUACUCCAAUCUCGCCUUGGUGGCCUACUGAGCAGGGAGCUUGCCCACGUGCCAUUCUCCAGGCGAAGCCCGACCGACGUGGCAAAUAUUAAGGCAUACGGCGCCCUCCAUCGCGACUUGAUGAAGAACUCGGGCGUCAUGAUCUGCCUCCCAGAGCAUGUGCUUUCGUUUACGCUUAGCGGACUACAGAGGGUUCUUGACAACAGAGUAAACGAGGCUUCCUUGAUGGUAAAGACGCAAUCCUGGCUCAAGUCAGUGUGUCGCGACAUCCUGGACGAGUCUGACUACACGCUCAGCGCUCGGACACAGCUGAUCUAUCCCUCUGGCACUCGUAUUACUCUGGACGGGCAUCCUCAUCGCUGGGUGGUUGCUGAGAAGGUUCUGCAGCUUGUGGAUCUUCAUCUGCAUUCCCUUGCUGUGGUCUUCCCCGAGUCCAUCGAGGUGGUCCGGCGACCGGGUGGAGGAUAUCCCAUCGUCUAUUUCUUGCGAACGGAUGUCGAGAUUGAGUUGACUCGGCGUUUGACCAAGGAUAUCUGCAUCGGCAACGGUGGCAUCUUGCCGGAUGCCGGUCUAACCAAGAUCGACCGCCGAUGUAUCAAGGAAUUCAUCUCCGGCAUCAAAGUCCGGGAGUCCACUCUGACCCAUAUCCGAGGCUUGUGUCCAGACAAACUGCAUAUCCGGCAGACUGUGUACCUCCUACGUGGUCUGCUCGUCAACAGGAUCCUAGUAUCCUGCCUGCGCAAGAAAUGGAACGUGGAAUAUGGCCUUCACCCACUGAGAGACCCGAUUGCAGUCCCGUAUACUGCCAAAGGGGUCCCAUCCGAGCAGAGCGAAUGGGGACACCCAGACUGUUGUGUCUUGCUUACGUGUCUGGCAUUUUACUACAGCGGCGUUACCCAGACCCAGUUGACACAGGCGCUUGAGCACGUCCUGAAGUCGGACGAUCCCGCCGCGGCGUAUGAUCGAUGGACGCAGACAACAAAGAGGUUCCCAGACUCCCUCCGAGAAUGGAGCUCUAUCAAUGUCGACGAUCAUCUCCAGCUUGAGGCUAUCUGGAAGGCAGUCCGCUACAACGUAGUCGUUAUUGACUACUUCCUCAACAACCUCGUGUUUGCACAGCAUGCAAAGCAGUUUCAGCUCAAGCUGCAGUCAAGCGGAUGGGACCUGCCACUGUUCUCGACCAGCAUUGACGCCCCACCUGGAAAGGCACAGUCCCGUGACACUACUCGGACGCUGACAACGGGCUUCAGCGGGACAAACGACAACCGAACCAUGUUGCCCCUGAAUAUUGGGCAACAGGAUCUGGAUGGCCUCCAGCACACGAAUGCCGAAGUGCUGACAUACCUUUUAAGCCCCCGAAACCGCCACUACCAGAUAAUCGAAGACAACGACGGGCGACGCCUAUCUGAGGAGGGAUUCCUAUCGCUGCUGGUGGACUACCGAAUCCGCAUCCUCAUAGACGCUGGCGCACAGAUUCUUGAGAUGAGCAACGAGACUGUCGCUAGACGGUGGUUGGAACUGACGGAAGAUGCUCCUGCGGCGCUCUACUUCGACGAGAGCAACAAGCCAUGGAUGAUCUCCCGGAUUGGGACCAAGACUCCUCUCCUCGCAUCUGCCUACGCCGAUGACCUGAGUCAGUGUCUUGUAUAUCUUGAUGAAGCGCAUACCAGAGGGACCGACCUGAAACUGCCACCCAUGGCGAAGGGAGCUCUGACCCUGGGGCUUGGGCAGUCCAAAGACAAGACAGUGCAGGCGGCCAUGCGACUCCGCCAGCUGGGACAGACCCAGGCCGUUGUCUGGUUCGCGCCGCCGGAGGUUCACUCGAGCAUUCUGGAUCUGCAGAAGAAGCCCGCAGGCAGCACGCUUGACAGCAGCGACGUGAUCCGCUGGCUCUUGUCUAACACGUGCGACGGGCUGGAACAGCUUCAGCCGCUUUACUAUGCUCAGGGAAUGGACUUCUCCAGACGCGUUCAGGCUGCCGUGGACAAUCCCAGCUUUCUGACUGACCAGCGCCAGCGCCAGCGCUACGUGGCCUGCAUUCGUCAAGAGGAAUCGCAAACUUUGCAAGACCUCUACGAGCCCAAGGCGAGAAGCAAGGUUACAGGGCUUAGAGGCGCAUCGGAGCCUUCCAUUGCGUCGUUUGUCUCGCAGCUCAACUCGCAGAAGGCCACCUUCAGAGACACUGGUCAUGCCGUGCAUGCUUCGGUGCUGCAAGAACAGGAACGUGAGAUUGCAGUCGAGGUCGCGUACGAGGUAGAAUCUGUGCGGCAGGUCAAGAGGCCCCCACACCUGUCGCCGCUCACCUUCCCCGGCCUGCACCCCGACCUUGAGAUGUUUGCACAGAGCGGACGCCUAGCCCAAACCUCGGUUUCUUGCCGUCGUGCCCUGGCAUUUAUAUCGGACACGCGCGUCGGACGGGUUUCGGGUGUUUCUCGAAAGGGGCCUGGUCGUCUACUGAUAUCGACCGAAUUCCAGAGGGCGGUUAAACAACAGCAAUAUGACGGCUACCAGAAUGACAGCUGCCUCAGGCCUGUCAACUGGAUCCUGUGGAGUCAGAGCACCGAGACUGCCAUCGUCAUCAUCCCGGAGGAGGCGGAGCUCCUUCUUCCCAUCGUUCGCAGCACUGAUUCGCCAACAUGGAUCCUCACCUAUGCCGCCCCUGUGACAAGGAAGAUGCUUCACUUCAACCGUCUAGAUUACUAUGCCAUUCCUGAUCUCCCCGAGAAAUGGAAAGCGCCUCCGUGGUUGACGGUGGAGCUGGGCAUCUUCGCCGGCCGCCUCUACUUUGAGUGGGACGAGUACCACGUUUUGUGUCAGCUGGUCGGUCUGGAUCCUUCUUCCAACUCGCAGGAGGAUUGGGAAGACGAUGGAGAUGGGGACGAAGAUGAAGAUGGGAGAGCUACCAUCGUCCAGACGGACGGCGUCACGUCCGAUACACAUCAGGAGGGCAAGAGCAAGUCGGCGGUUAUUGCGACCAAGCCGCUCGUGUUUCUGCAAGAUUGGCUCGCGCUUCGUCGACGCGGGCAAGACUUCGUCCACACUCCAAUGGGACAUGUGACGCAGAGCAAGCCGCUCCAUGCGGAGCACUCCUUCUUCCGCAAAGAUAAGGACGCGGAGGGAACGGCCGCAGGAGCCCGGAAGCCGUACGCGCCAAUUACGAAGGGGGCUGCGGCUACGACGUCGCCCGGGAGUGCCGAGGGAGAAUUUGACGGAAUCGACGAGAUGGUAUACGCGCCCGAGGACGACAUCGACUCGGACUCGGAUGAUGAGAUUGAGUACCACGAAGACGAGAUGUUCGCGGCCAGUGAUGAGGAGAGUCUGCAGGGCGAGGACGGGCGCCGGGAGGCAUCGCCGGCCGUAUCGUCAGAUUCCGCGGAAUUUAAGACGGCUCGUCGGCCCGGGGUCAGUUCCCGGGGCUCUAGGGGCCGGGGCGGCCGACGUGGCCGUUAGGGCGAUGGCCGCAGGUGUCGGACAGGGCCAUUUCUUUGGGAAUCUGGCGUGAACAAACUUCUCGCCAGGGUAUUUUUGCUUCCUUUUGGGCCUUGUUCCUUUUCUUUGGACCCCAUGUUCCGUUGCCUUGUUUACCCUUCUACGCAUACUCGUCAGCCCCCGUUCCCUUUGUUUGGUCUUUUAUUUGUAUUGACUUGCAAGCUUCAUCUGCUGUACUUAAAACUGGCCUCCCUUGCCCUCUGUCUAGAUAAAUCGCAAUCGCUGUCGGAUCUCAUGGCACGCGCACGAUAUUGAACCGGAUACGACGAGCUCUGCUAGGUAGAAAAGAUCAAUGCGUUUCUCC